AUGUUGAAGUUGAGGGUAACCCUUACCUCAAAACUAACCGUUGUGUCAAGCAGACCCGUUAGUUCGGAUAAGGUUCACGCUCUAUCCGCGCUGGACCGUGCCAUGGGAUGCCACAGUCUGCACGUUAUAUUCUACUACAAGAACGAGGGUAACUGGUUUGAGUCCUUUGAUUUGGACCCUUUGAGGGAGUCCUUGUCGGAGGUUCUGACUCUGUACCCUACUGUGACGGGUCGGUUGGGUCGAGGGGAGGAUGGUGAGUGGGAAGUGAAGUGCAAUGAUGCGGGCGUUCGGAUCAUAAAGGCCACCGUGGAUGCCACCCUUCAUGAAUGGCUCAAAUCUGCCUCUGGCUCUGAGGAGAAGCUUCUGGCUACUUGGGAUGAUAUGCCGGAGGAUCCCACCACAUGGUCACCCUUUCGAAUUCAGAUAAACAGCUUCCAAGAAGGAGGUGUUGCCAUAGGAGUAAGUUGCAGUCACAUGAUGGCAGAUCUAACUUUCGUGGCAUCAUUCUUCAAAUCAUGGUCGGAAUUUCACCGCCACUUUCCCAUCACUCACUCUCCUUUAAUCGCUCCACUUCCCACUCAGGUCGAGGUAGACUCUCUCCCUCGAGGCCAUGCAACAUUGCCAUCAUCAUCACCAUCCACAAAAGCAUCCUCUUUGACAAACUUUGCCACAGCCACAUUCAAGUUUUCCGAUUCAACCAUCAAACAAUGCCUUUACAAAGUCCACGACUCAUGCCCCAACGCCACUCCAUUUGACUUCCUCGCGGCACUGUUUUGGUCUCGCAUCGCUCGUGUCAAAGCUCCAAAACCUCACGACCAAACUCACUCUCUAUGCAUCUGCACCGACUUCAGGAGUCUCCUAAAACCUUCCCUCCCAAUUGGGUACUUCGGAAAUGCCUUGCACUUUUCAACGCUCUCGCAGAAAGUGAAAGACGUGGAACUAGGAGGCAUAGUUAGUGCAGUGCAUAGGCACUUGGAAGGGCUUUCAGAGGAAGAAAUACGGGCUAGCAAUGAAGGGAAACGCGUGUAUGGGAGUGAGUUAACUUGUGUUUGCAUGGAGCACUUGGUGGUUGAGGAAGAUCACGAGUCGUUGCUAUACGGUGCAGUAUUUGGAAAUAACGAGAAGCCAGUUCAUGUUUCGUGUCGCGUGGGGAAUGUGGAGGGUGAAGGUAUGAUCAUGGUGAUGCCUUGCUCGGAAGGAGGGCUAUCAAGAACGGUGAUGGUGAUGGUGGCGGAGGAAGAACUCGAUGAACUAAGGAAAGAUGAAGCAAUAAUGGAGUUGCAGGCAGAUAUGGUUGUUGCUGGUUGUGGAAUGGGCCAUUGA